AUGGGGGCAGGUGCGGGGUGGGGUGGGCUGCGGGCCAAGCCGUGCCCCCCUCAGCCCCUGUGUCCCCACCGUGGUGCCUGGCCUGGGGGAGCCCCUGCCCUGUCCUGGAGGCUGUCCGGCGGGCGCUGGGCUGCUCCGUGCCUCGCUGCACACGCGGAUGCUCCACUUUCGCUGCGUUAUCUCAUCGGCCGGCCCAGCGCGGCACCCACCGAGGGAGUCCCGGUAGCCGCGGGCCUCAAGCGGAGGGGCAGGGAGCGGGGCCUGGGGCCCCGGUGGGGUCAGCCCUGUCUCCCCACAUCCUUUGCUCCGGUGGGGUUCCGCUCACGCUCUCCCGCUCGCUUCCUUAACGUGUCAGUCAAUCCCCGGGGCGGGGGUCCCAGCCCGGCGCGGUGGGCUCCGGAGACCCCCGGUGUGCUGGCCACGCUCGGCCAGGACCCUCCCUGGUGUGCUGGCCAGGCUCGGCCAGGACCCUCCCCGCGGAGCACCACGCCCCGGGUCACCCGUGUCCCCGUUGUCACGCCAACGGCUCGAUGGUGGCGGCAAGCACUCCAGCGGCCGGCUUGGCAACCGGCACGCUCCCAUGGCGACCGCGGGCACGGCACGGCCGGCAGACAUCCGCCGAGGGGCGAGGGCGGCGGGGCAGCGCCGCGAGCCUCCGCGAGGGGAGAGGAUCCACACCGGGCGCCGCCGGGACCGGGGGCCCACGGAGCCGCCGCCAUGAGGCUCUACAGCCUAAGUGUCCUUUACAAAGGUGACCCCAAAGUGCACUUGCUCAAAGCUGCCUACGAUGUGUCCACCUUCAACUUCUUCCAGAGAUCCAGCGUGCAGGAGUUCAUGACGUUCACAAGCCAGCUGAUUGCGGAGCGCUCGGCGCUGGGCAGCAGGGCCUCCGUCAAGGAGCAAGACUACCUGUGCCACGUGUAUGUCCGGAGUGACGGGCUGGCCGGAGUGGUGAUUGCAGACAACGAAUAUCCCCAGCGGGUUUGUUUCACCUUGCUGGACAAGGUGCUGGAUGAGUUCUCCAGGCAGGUCAGCAAGAUGGACUGGCCUUCAGGGUCACCUGCCACCAUCAGCUACUCUGCCUUGGAUGGAUACCUCAGCAAAUACCAGAACCCCCGUGAUGCUGACCCGAUGACCCGAGUGCAGGCAGAGCUGGACGAGACCAAAAUCAUCCUGCACAACACCAUGGAAUCACUCCUGGAGCGUGGGGAGAAGCUGGACGACCUGGUCUCCAAAUCGGAGGUGCUGGGGGCACAAUCCAAAGCCUUCUACAAAACGGCCCGAAAGCAGAAUUCCUGCUGUGAAAUCAUGUGACGUGGAGCCCGGGCUCUCCGCCUCCGGACCACCAGCCCUCCACUCCCCCUCCACACCCACCCCAGGGCUGUUUCUGGGGCUGGGCCAGGGGUCCUCAGCCCCCUGGGCCGAUGUGACUGUUGUCCAGCUUGAGGGGACACCAAGGCUGGCACUGGGCCGGCACCCAGGGGGGUGGUCCGCACUGAAGGCCCCCCCCCCACCCUCGCUGUUCCUGGGACAGCUGGGACCAGGGGGCCCCUGGCCACACACUCCCCUGCCUUCACACUCCCUGGGAAGCCUGGAGGAGCCCCCCACUGCUGUCCGGGGGGCUGAGGGGGCAGGCAGCUUUUAUGUAUUUGUGUCCUAAGGGUGAGCUGCGGGGGUGGGAGAAGGGAAAAAGGUUUCUUGGGUGGGGGGGUGCUCUCUGCCUCCCUGGGCAGCUCCUCCCCCCGCUGGGGAGCCCAGAGCUGUGUCCUGGUGCUGGGGGCGGGGGGGAGCUCACCAGCCUGUCCUGCACCUCAGAGCCCCUCCCCUGCUCCCACCAGCCAGGGUGGGGGGCUCAGCACCUGCCAGGGCCCAGCAGCCCUCACUGCCUCCUCUUCCUCCUCCUCCUCGGGAAGGGAAAAGUGGGCUCGGGCUGUACCUCGGGUUGUUUCCAUGCCCUGGCUGCAGCGGCCAGGGGGAUAAAGUCAUCUUUGGCAGUUGCA